AUGGCCAAGCCUGUGGGCCACAAGGCCAAGCCAGUGUCGAAACGAAAGCGGGAGGAGCAGUCGGAGGGCGAUGCGGCGCUCGCUGAGCGCUUGGCUGCUUACGGCGAGCGCUUCCUGCAAAUGUUUGAUGACCAUGAUGACCGCAGGCCUGCUGCGCCGCCCAGCAGACCGGCAGCACACUCUGGCAGCAGCGACAGCGACGCCGGCGGCAGCAGCGACGGCAGCGGCAGCGGCAGAGAAGGCGGGGCGGAAGCAGCUGUCGACCCUGUUGAGCACAUCUUUGAAGGGCGAGGCGGCAAGGCGGCAGCACGGCGUGCCAGCAACGGUGUCGGCAGCGCCGGCAGGGCGCCGGGGCCGCGUGGGGCGGGCCCCGCCGGCGGCUCCGGCGGCCUGCCUGCCACCCCGCAGCAGCAGCAGCGUGUGCAGGAGGCGGCGAGGCUGAAGGCGGAGCGCAAGCGCUUCAUGUCGUCCAAGCCAGCCGUCGUCAGCGGCAGCGGUGGCGCCGGCGAGCAGGGCGGGAGCGGGCGGCGGCGGGUGCCUGGCGGCACGCCGGGCAGCGGCAGCGCAGCCGGGGGCGGCGAGGCGGAGGACGUCGUCAGCCGUGCCGAGUUUCUGGAGAUGCAGCGAGAGGUGCAGCUGUAUGGCGCCUCUGCGCUGGACCGCAAGAGCAAGAAGAAGUUCGAGGCUGAGAUGCUGGCAAAGCUGGGGGCCAAGGCGGCGGCGCGGCCCCGCAUCCCGGCCUCCAUUGGGCACGGCAUGGCCAGGAAGCAGGCGCAGCGGGAUGAGCGCGCCCUGCUGGAGGGCAUCGCAGCCGGCAUGAUCCAGCAGAAGGGCAUGGGCAAGAAGAAGCGGCGGGAGAAGGGCAAGAAGGUGGACCGGGGGCUGAUGGAGGACGGCGGCGCCUUCAGGCCGGGCAUACUGCGGGUCAAGCCGCUGCCGGGCUCUGGUGGCGGCACCGCAGGCGGCAAGCGUCGCAAGUGA